UCUUGGAAAAUUGAGGAUGUAGGAGAUAAAUGUAGGAGAUCGGCUCCGUGAUCGGCUCAGAUCGCCAAUUCGCCAUUAUGAACAAAGGCAAAGCAGGCGAGCCACUGAACUCACUGAAGGCAGCCGACUCUGAAAAUGAUGAGAAAGGAAAAGGAAGAUGUCAUCUAAACGACCCCUACUUGAGUGACUUUAUAGAUGACAAUACUAUCGCUGGGAUAAAUAAAAUCUUUAGGGGCAAGUCAAAUCUGAGGAGGCUGACUUGGGCCAUUAUAUUCAUCGGAUCUUUGAUAGUCUGUACGGUAAUGCUCAGCUUUAGCAUAAAGCGUUUCAUAGACAAGCCAACAGCAUCUACCAUCACUAUUGUAUCUAACACUGAACGAGGCAUACCAUUCCCUGCUGUCACUUUUUGCAAUCUGAACCUGGAAAGAAACAGUUCUAAUUUUCUUUUGAGAAGCACUUACCAACUGAUGAACUACCUCUACAAUGCUGAUGAGAACUUUCACCUAAGUGGUCUCAAUGAUAGCUAUGUGCUUCAAUUAUGCGAUAAUGUCGUGCGUUCGUCGAGUGAAGAUAUCCUCAAUGCUACAAUAUGGAAUAUUCAGAAUCCUAGCAAGACUAUUGAUGAGUUGAUACAUUACUGUGGCUUUAUUGAAGGACCUAAUAGUGAAGUCAAACCUUGCAAAGAUGCUUUUAAGCCGAUCCUAACGUCAGCUGGGAUCUGCUUCACAUUCAAUGGUAGCGAUAAUCGUAUUCACAGCACUGGUAUAAGAUAUGGGCUGAAGCUAAUACUGAAUAUACAGCAAGAGAAAAGGCCAUCAUUCAAUGGAAAGUCAGGAGUUAAGCUUGUCAUUCAUAAUGGCAGAGAUAUUGCAAGGCCUAACCUGUAUGGUAUUUCUGUACCACCUGGUCAUGCCAUUGAUGUUGGAGUUCGCAAAAUGGCAGUUGAAGACGAUACCAAUGAAGCUCAGUGUAUUCAUGAAAUGAAUCUUCCUUUCUUUCCAAGUGACAAGUAUGACUAUUCUCAAUUAGCCUGUAGAGAAAACGCUAUUGCUGAGAAUAUAGCUCAGAGUAGUAAGUGUAAUUGUGUUAUUGGCCGUCCAUCAACUGGUCCUUAUGCAUCCACUCCUAAUUGUACUUUCAGUAAAGCAUGCUGCCUAUUGAAAGAACACUAUGAGUUUAAUCCAGAAGAAGCUGAUUGUCCAAGUCCGUGUCACUUUGAAUAUUAUGAACAAACUUCUAGUUAUUCAAGUUUUCCUAAUGGAUUCUAUCUUGAUACACUUGUGAACAAAACGAAUAUGUCCGUCAACGAAAUCAGAGAGAACUUUUUAUCAGUAAAUGUUUUUGUGGGUGAUCUUCAUACAACCACCACCAUCACUCAAUACACUUAUGGUAUUGAAGCUCUGUUAGGAGAGAUUGGUGGUCAGCUUGGUCUGUUUAUUGGAGUGAGUAUCAUUACAUUUUUUGAGGUUUUGAUACUUUGCAUUGACGAAUUGAAAAGACUUUGCUGUAGAGGGAGUGUUAAAAGGAGAAUGAAGAAGCUAGAAAAGAUGGUACGUUUACCCGAGAUAGAUUCAGGCGAAACGGAUAAAAGUAAUGAAAUUGAAUUAAAUAGUGUAAAAAUCAUACAGUGCGAUAAAGAAAGAAGUAUUAAAGAUUUAUCACCUUGCGAUGAAGAUAAUAAAGCUGUAUUACUACCUAUUGAAGAUAAAAGUAAUGAAGUUGGUCUUCAGAGCAUUAAAACUACAGAAGUAUAAAAUUGAAUGCUAAUGUUUUAUUUUUGCAUGUAGAUCUAUGCCUAUUUUAUUAUGCUGCUAUUAUUUUCUGCUAUUAUGCUUAUGAUACUUUUCUCUAUUGGGUUAUUAAUAUGUGUCCACUUCCUGUUUUGAGACUAGGGAAAAUUCCAAGAUUCACAUCAUAUUCAUACAUUUCAUAUCAUAAUAGCUAAUAGCUCUACCUUUAUUUACAAGAAUAAGUCAAGAUGAUUGAUGUCUGUCAAUGGAGAGUGAGCGUUGGACUGUGGAGCUACCAUUCAUUGUCAAGCUCUCUCUACUAAUGGCAAAGCUGUAAAAAGCAAGUUAGGUAUAUCACAAGAGAAGACACCUAAACUGAUGCCAGUAGCUCUGCCAUUGUCUCGUUUUGCCUUUCUCCUCACCCUCUUUUUUGCUCCAACACUGAGUAACUUCUACCAAGUAGAUCUGCAGUAUAGAGCUACUUCCGGUGUUACUGAUCUGCAGUCAGUACUCGGCAGCAGUUUUAACUUGAUUUACUAUUUGAUUAUUUGUCUGCGUAUACUCCUCUUAUCAGGAGAUAUCGAACGUAAUCCUGGUCCUAUGAUUGAUGCUCAGCCUGAAAUAUCGUUAUUAAUAAAAUGGCUUGAAUCCCUUGUUGAUUGGAAGCCAUUUGGUUUAUGUUUGGUUGGAAUGACGGAGCAUGAAAUCUUAAAAAUUGAACAAGAACAUGU